AUGACUUCUACUAUUCUUAUUACUGGAGCAAACGGCUCUCUUGCUCUUCCCGCGAUCAAACAUCUCCUUACAAACUAUGCCACUCACCAUGCUGUUCUAACCGUCCGGAAUGCUUCGGCAUCUGACCCCAACACUCAGAAACUACGCGCCAUCAUUGACCCCUUCCAAAACCGAGCCUCUAUUCGUGAGCUUGACUUGUCCGACCUUUCCUCUGUACGUGGCUUUGGCACUGCCCUCGCUACUGAUAUCACCAGCGGCUCAAUCCCGCCACUAUCCAGCAUCAUCUGCAACGCCUAUUACUGGAAUCUUGUCACAGCCCCAGAGUUCACCAAGGAUGGCUUUGAGAGGACCUUCCAAAUCAAUCACCUCUCCCAUGCACUUCUUGUGCAGCAGCUCUUAGAGUCCUUCGGGCCUUUAGAUAUCUCCAGUCCUCGGUAUGGACGUAUUGUGGUCUUUGGCAGUGACGCCAUAUUCCCUGGUCAUAAUGGUCUUGAAAAAUAUCCACCUCGUCUACCAGAGAACCUUGAUGACCUCGCAAAGCCAGAUCUGGGACUUGACAACAAUGAUCAUAUGGGUCAUGGUUUCCAACGAUAUGCCUUCUCAAAGUUGGCUACUGUGACCUGGAUGUAUGCGUUGAAUAAACAUCUACAGAAGCCUGAGAAUGCGCACCUCAAAGAUAUCACUGCAGUCGCUAUCAACCCAGGAAACCUGAGCGAUUCACGCGCGCUUCGUAGCAAUACUCCAUUCAUGCUACAGUUCGCAUCACGCUUUGUGAUUCACCCUCUAGGACCAGUACUACGCCGGAUAGUAGAUCCGCUCAUGCGGACAGCCGAGUCUGCUGGAAAAGACGUCAUUGAAUUAGCGCUGAACGACCGCUUCAAAGGCACGAGUGGGUAUUUCACAAUGCUAGAGAAGGGUGAAGGGCCACCAGAUAGUGUGAAUGAGGACAAGCAGAGCGCGGUUUGGGAUAAGACGGUCAAAUGGUGCUCACAGUAA